GUUCGCGUUCUCUGCUGCGGGGUAAAGGACCCGCCGGCCGGCGAUGUGUGACGUGUCCUCUCUGUCUGUCUGUCUGUCUCUGUCUCGAUGGUGUGUUCCCAGCGCUCGUCCCGGAAGGGGCAGCCGGAAGAGGCUGUUGGCACGUGGAGCCUGGGACCCAGGGCGGCGACUCGGCGGCCUACGACUCCGGGGAGGAGGUGGACGGCAGCACUUGCCCAGUCUCCUGCCAGUCCGAGGUUGCGCAAGCCAUCCAGAACCUGACGCGUCUCCUGUACAGCCUUCAGGCUGCCCUGACCAUCCAGGACACUCACAUCGAGGUCCACAAGCUGGUUCUGCAGCAGCAGGAGGACCCGGCCCCUGGGCCCGCUUUUCGAGGCAGCCCGUUGCAGGACCAGGAGAAGCUGCGCAGCACGGAGGGGCAGCGGGAGGAACCGGCCGACGUCCACAGGCUCCAGCACCAGUUCCAGCAGGAUCAACGGCGCUGGCACCGCAUGUGUGACCAGCAACAGCGCCAGCAGGAGGCUAGGGCUGGCCGGCUGCAGGAGCGCGAGAGGCAGUGCCGGUCUCAGGAGGAGCUGCUGCUCAGGCGCCGUGGCCAGCUGGACCAGCAGCGGCAGGAGCAUCAGCAGAACCUGGAGCGGCUGAGGGAGGGCCGGCGCCUGGUGGAGAGCGAGAGGGGGAGGCUGCGGGCCCAGCGGGACCUGCUCACUGGUGGCUGGAAACACAGCAGGCAGAGCAGCCUCCCCGCGGCCUUUGCUCCAGGAAGCCAGGAGGUGAUGGACCUGAACCGAUCUGAGAGCCUCUGUCAGGACCACUCAGCCGUCAUCAGUGAAGACUUGGCACAGUUGUCCCUUCACACGCCCCACAGAGCCACUCCGGCAGGUGUGCCGCAGGAUGCCACUUACCCUCCAAGCAUGCCUGCAUCUGCCCUGGGAAGGACUAGUGAGCACCCAGUAGACCUGGCGACCGGCGUUUCUCAGCCCUCAGACGUCAACAGACAACUGUGGGCAGGAGCCGGUUCCUGCCAUCGGGUCCUUCCAUCCCACCAAAGCAGAAAUGAUCUGGACCCCUUUCAGACUGAAUUCCAGCCCGCCGAUGAUGCAAGUCCACACCGCCCCCACCUGCAGCUGUCGACGGCAAGUACACGGCUGAAUGUCCAGGUGACAGGACCCGAGGGGGAGACUGGAGCUGGGGCUGGCGAGAAUAUUGUUUACCUCUAACUGUGCUGUUACUUCAGCAAGAAAUCAAAACCCUGAGACUUGUGGCAACAGGAUCUUUUUCCUUCUUCCCUGACGCGUUUAUAACUGGACACGGAUCCCUUUAAAGAUGACAUUUAUUAUUUUGUUCAUGUUCAUUGUGGAGGAGGGGGAGAGCCUAAUAAUUAAAUUAUUGAAAGCAGA